GGAGUAGUUGGGGAAGUUUUGGCUCGUGCAGUGACACGUGUGGUAGAGGAGUAAUGAUAAGAUCUAGAACCUGCACACAACCCAAGCCAUCUCUCAAGGGACGACAUUGUGAAGGUUCUCCAGUACAAGUAGCAUACUGUAACAGGUACACAUGUCCAGACACGAGGGUGUUCUUUACAGCAAUUGGUGUAACUGGUGUAACUGGAAGCAGCAUUGCAAAAUAUUCGAACAUUAUUCAAAGCUAUGGUAACGAAUAUGACACAAACACAGGCAACUUUACGUGCAAGUACCCAGGAAUAUAUAUGUUCUCUUUUCAAAUUUCAAAACAAUGGUGGUCUCAUCAACCCGAUUUUUUAGAGUGUUAUAUUUGUGUUAAUGGUGUUUACAGAGUUGGAGCUAGAUCGGAUCCGCACGGUGAUGACAAAGAUGGUUAUUCUAUCAGUGUAACCGGAACAUUCCAUUUAAAAAUAAAUGAUAUUGUUAAUGUUGGAGCCUGCGCUGCACUCUUUGCAGCUCAUAACGAUGCAAGAUCCUCAUUUACCGGGGUACUCAUAGUUCCAGAUAAAAUCUAAAAAUAUUAUAACUUUUUGAAAACAAAUGAUGACACUGGAUUCCAUAUGUAAUAAUGAAAUAUCACUACACAUGAUUCAAUUUGAAAAUAUAUCAUGACAGUUUACACGUGUUGCGUCAGACAGUUAAUAGAAAGUAACAUUGACCUCUAUUCUAGAUGAUAUUUGUUUAAACAAAAUACGUCAUACAACAGGAAGCGUGACACUAAAUUUAACCUUAUUGGCGUCCGCGUCUUAUGGAAUGAAAUCAGAUUUUGUGAAAGGGCGAUAGCAUCUUCUCGAGCCUUUUAGUCGGACAUAAUAAAAGCCGAUCUUUCCGAUCGGUAUGAGGGUGCUUGAUUAUUAAUUAAAUAUGAAAUGUCGCGAUGUAUAGAAUGAAUAGCGAACUGGGGAAUUUCGCAAUGCAAACAUUUUCAAAUGAAAUAAACUUCUCCGUCAAUAAAUCGCGUUCUUCGGGGUAUUUUUAUUUAUCAUUUUGUAGUACACAUUAAUAUGGUAUGUUAUUGUUGUACAUGUAUCCGAAAGCUGAAUAGAAUGAUGAGUUGAUGACCUAAAUAUUCCGAAAAUCUAGUUAUAGAGGGAUGUACUCCUGUCGGUAAUUCCCGGUCUCUCCUGGUGUAUUUUGACCGGAAUUUACUAGUGACCGGCGAAUAGUACCACUCGUUUAUUGUCCGGUCUCUCCCGGUUUUGGAGUAGAUGUUUGAUAUCGUUACAGAAGAGAACAAAUAUUUUACAGAUAAAUAAGCUUUUUUCGAAAUGAAUGUUUGUCACUUAGUUUUGUUACAAUAAUUAAUAAACGCAGAUCAACUCUCAAAUUUAUUGAUUAUUAUUAUAUUCGAAAAAAAACAACAAUAGCAUGUUUUAUUUUAUCUAUAUGAGAUAAAAAAAAAAACAAUAAAUAUGUACAAUAAUUGAGAAAAAAGGUACACUUUAAUGGUAUUAAUAUGACACUAUCAACUUUGAAACAUUUUAUUUAAUUUGUUAUUCGUGUUUAGUAAAGAUGCCGAGGAAUUAUUUAAAGUUACAAAUUAGAUUUUAUGAAUUAUUCAAUUGAUUGUUAAUUUUAAAAAAUGAUAAAGAAAAAUACAAAUGUUCAUGUAUAUGGUUUAAGAAUAAACAAUAUUAUAUAUUGAAAGAUUAACCAUAAUUUACUGACUUUUUCCAGUUAAAUUUUGACUUAUAAUCGUCGGUCAAUAUGACAAUCGAAUUCUUAAAAUAGUAGUUAACGUAAAAACUCAGUAUUAAAAUAGCACAUAAAACACAAAAAAGAAAAGAAGACAAUAUUCAUAAAAUCUAUAUAUAUUCUAUUUUUAAAGAACCCUAAGCUUAAUGGAAUUACAAAACCAAGUAUAAAUUGUUAUAUACAUGACAUUUUAAUUAUAUCAUAACUUAUUAGUUAAUUGCUUUCAAAAUAUAUCCAUGUAAACUAAAAUCUCAUAAAAUGCACUUUCUUUCUCAAAAAUGUAAAAUAAUGUUUUUGUGUCGUCUUGCACUUACCCAUUCAAUUAUUGAAGCUUAACAUGUGAUAUAAUUUUAAUUGAAUUGAGUUAAGAUUGCAGGUAAGCCGGAGCGAGUAAGCGUAGUCGGUUUGGAAUUACAGAAUUCAAUUAGGACACUUAAUCUAGAAAAAAAUAUUAUUACUCAUCAUAGAAAUGUGCUUACUAAAUCACUUACAACAUUAUCUUUUUCUAUCAUGUAAUAUUUUAUAAGAAUAAAUAUACAAAUGAUAUAACUAUAGUUUAUUUCAAUGUUUGAAAUACUAGUUUUCAUGGAAAAUGUCCCAGCUGAAGUCCGCUGAAAAACUUUUUAACGACCACUUGGCAGUAUUUUAUUACAUUUUUACUUAUCAAUUAUUUCUAUAUGCCAAUUAUAAUAGUAAAUGUUUAUUUAUAAAGCCAAUUGAGCUAAUCUUGUCAAAAAUGAUAAUAAUGCUACUUUAAUCAAUAAAACAUUAGCUUUG